AUGUCUGCCAACGUCCUCGCCCAACGCGACGCCAACCAGCAGCUCGGCCAGUCGGUCGACGACGGCAAGCCCAAGUCGCUCGAGUACCACCGCCAGAUGCUCGAGUCGCGCCUCAAGAGCGGCCAGUUCGACCCUCCGCCCAGGAUUGAUGAGCAGAAGUACGUCUCGCCGUCCGACGGCAUCCAGUCGCCCGCCACCCAGAAGCUGGCGGCCUUCAAGAACAAGCACGGCCUCCAGAAGUCCAAGCCUAAGACCCUCUUCGGCAAGAUGAGCGCCCGCAACAUGGAGAACGCCGCCAACGGCGGUGCCAUGUUCGCCGAUAUCCCUCAGAAGAAGAUCCAGACCGCCAGCACCCAGUCGUCGUAA